AUGCAGCCAGAGGUGGAGCCCCUGUGUUCCUCCACCAUGAGCAAUCCCAGCAUGCACAGGGAGGCAGGAGCCCUCCUUGUGGACCCCGAGACUCCAGAGGAGACGCAGACCUGCUGCCUAAGCAGGCCCACCAAAUCUUCGAAGCAGCACCUGCGACAGGUUAUCGCAGAGUAUGAGGCCCUGGACCGGGAGCUCCCAUGCAUCCGGAAGUUCCCCACACCGCCUGCUGCCCAGCCCCUGUGCCUCUGCAUGGAGACCUUGCCCGAGGCGGACUUUACCCACCUGGAGGUGCUGGAGGCGCUGGAGGCCGAGCUACCCGGGGCCAUGGAGAGCGGGCGCGUGAGCAGUAUCCGCUUUGAGAACAUGAAUGUCAUCUGCGGGACCGCCGGGCGCCGGGACCGGUGGCUCAUCACUGUUACAGACUUCCAGACUCGCUCGCGCCUGCUGCGCUCCGGGCUCAGUCCCCGCAGGCUACCGCACCAGCUCGUGCGCCACGACGAGCUGCUGCUGGGCGAUUAUCGCCUGCACCUGCGCCGCUCUCUGGCCCGACGGCGCAUGCUUGAGGCUCUGGGCGCAGAGCCGAACGAGGAAGACUGACGCGUGGGGGAGGGUCUUGGCUGCGCUAGCGCACCGCCCUGAUGGGUCCGGCGACUCUACCCCCAAGCCUCGCAAGAAAGGGGCAUCGCCUCCCCAGGAAGGAGGCGUGGUCGGCUCGAGGGGGUUGAUACUGUGAGUUUAAUUAUAAAGAAUGACCUGGUACAAAAGCCA